AUGGCCUUUGCGCCCUCCCUGCCGGAGCCAGUGCGCCGAGCUUGCAGUGUCUUCUGCGAAGGUGAGCUGCUGGACACCAUUCAGCGUGCGCGGCUGUUCGAGGAUUCCAAGACCUUCGUCGACAGACCUCUCCGCGUCGAGCCGGAAGAGGCCUUGGAGGCCUUCAAGAAACUCCCGGACAAGAACGACACCAAGGCUUUGCGGGCCUUCGUGGAGACCUACUUCGAGGCCGAGGGUCAAGAGCUGGAGCCCUUUGCGCCCCCCGACCAUGCGCCCAACCCAGCCCAGCUGGUCAAGCUGCCAGACGAGGCGCUACGGCAGUGGGCUCUUGGUCUCCACCAGCUCUGGAAGGACCUUUGCCGAAAGCAGCGUCCGGCCGUGGCCGAUGCAGCCCAGCGUCACUCGGCCCUUCCGCAGCGCUUCGCCAGCGUGGUUCCCGGAGGCAGAUUCCGCGAGACCUACUAUUGGGACACGUAUUGGAUCGUCCGUGGUCUCCUGCUGAGCGGCAUGAACGACACAGCAAAGGGUGUUGUUGAGAACCUGCUCGACUAUGUGCGGCACUUCGGUUUUGUGCCCAAUGGCGGCCGCAUUUACUACCUGGACAGGUCCCAGCCACCUAUGCUGGCUGAGAUGGUCCAAGCAGUUUUCGAGGUCUCUGCCGAUGACACGUGGCUCCGUGAGGUUCUCCCGGUCCUGGAAGACGAGUACCGAUUCUGGAUGGACCCAGCCUUGGGCCACUUCCUCCCAGAACUUGGCCUGAAUGUCUUCAGCUCCAGUGGACGAACGCCCCGACCCGAGUCGUACGCAGAGGAUGUGGCAACCGCGGAGCACGCCAAGGAGUUCGGCCGUGAGGCAGCCGAAGUCUAUCACGAGCUCAGGUCAGGAGCCGAAACCGGCUGGGACUUCUCCUCGCGCUGGCUGCAGCGUGCGUCUCGGGAAGACGGAUCAACAGAGCUCGCCACGAUCAAUGCCAGCAAGGUCGUGCCUGUGGACUUGAACUGCAUUCUCCUCCGCCUGGAGCGUCGCCUCGCAACCUUUGCGAGGCACCUGGGCGACAAGGAUCGCGCGGCUGCACUGGAGGCUGCUGCGGAGCGCCGUGGAGCCGCCAUGGACCGUCUACUUUGGUCUGAUGCACUGGGCAGCUAUCGGGACCUCCGCCUGGACACUGGCAAACCGGCUACGGUCCCAUCGCUUUCGGACUUUGCGGCCCCAUUGUGGGCAGGCCUAGGCGGUCGCAACCCAGAAGCGCUCCUCACGUCACUGCGCGAGAGCGGCCUCUUGCAGGCCGGCGGCGCCGCGACGACGACUCUGCAAACCGGAGAGCAGUGGGAUGCGCCGAACGCCUGGGCGCCCUUGCAGCUGAUGCUCAUUGAGGGCCUCGAGACGCUGAGCCAGAGAACCGGUCCAACGGCUCUAGGGAGCCGGGAGUUGGCGGAGGACUUGGCCAAACGCUGGCUUCAGAACUGCUACGAGGCGUGGCACAAGCACGGGGCGAUGUUUGAGAAGUACGAUGCCUUCCACCCAGGUGAGGGCGGUGGAGGGGGUGAGUACCACCCACAAACAGGACCGAUUUGGCUGGAGCAAUGGUGUGGCAUUGGUUCUGUGCCUUGCCUGCACAGGGCGUUGCACUCCGCGUUUUCAAGCCUCGCUGCUCCGACGCACCUUGCGGCGCGCAAUGGGCUGGUGCAGCAGCUGCCAGCUUCUCACCGUGUGAGGGGCCAGUCAAGAUGUGGCAACGAAGGACCUUACCUGCUGGCACUGUCUGCUGCUGGCGCAGCAGCACAAAGAUGCAGCAGAAUUGUCAAACGGGCUUGCAAGACUGAGUACGUGCGCUUUGCACAAGAUCUGAUGUCGCCGGAAGAUGGUCCAGAGGAGCAUGAGCAGUUCGAGCUGGACGAGGAGGGGGAAAAGCGGCGUCUCGAUGUUUUGCUGUCUGAAAAGUAUGAGCAGUCCCGCAGCUAUUUCGGAGCUCUUAUCCGUCAGGGCGCUGUCCAGGUAAACGGCCGCGCGCGCAAAAAGUCUUUCCGAGAUUUUCACCCAGGCGAUGUGGUGGACAUUCGGUUCCUGCUGGAUGAAAGAACGCUGCCCAUGAAGCCAGAGCCCAUGGACCUAGACAUCUUGUACGAGGAUGACCACCUGAUCAUAGUUAACAAACCAGCCGGCCUGGUAGUACACCCAGCUCCAGGGCAUUGGAAUGGGACCUUGGUGAAUGCGGUGCUGCACCAUCUGGGCUUCCGUUCCUUGGAGGAGGGUCUGCCCUCCGCGCCACCAGGACCAGCAUCCCAAUUUCGCCCUGGCAUCGUCCAUCGGCUGGAUGUUGGCACCUCGGGGGUCAUCGCAGUGGCAAAGACGUCGCAGGCUUUUUCGAUGCUGAGCCAAGCCUUCUCACGUCGCGAAGUCCAGAAGACGUACAUGGUCAUCUCCACUGGUGGCCGCAAGUGUUUCUUCGGGCAUUCUCCUGGUGGGGGACACUUCGUGGACAUCCCAAUAGGGCGCUCCAAAAAGGAUCGCCGUCGCAUGGGCGCUGUUGCGGAGGACUGUGGAGGGCGUCCAUCUGUCAGCCUUAUCCGGGGACUGGCGCGAGACCGCGACCUGCUACUCCUGGAGGUGAAGCCUCGGACUGGAAGGACCCACCAAAUUCGUGUGCACCUGGCAGAAGAGCACUCUCCAAUUUUGGGAGAUGCCUGCUAUGGCUGGGAGCAUCUCAAUCGGCGGUACGCAGGAUUGGCGACGCGACCUAUGUUGCAUGCCUUCCGCCUGGCUUUCGCUCAUCCCGUGACGGGCCGACAGAUGGAAUUCGAAGCGCCCUUGCCGGAAGACAUGCGAAAGCUCAUCGCUCGAAUGGAUCCUGAGCCCGGCGAAGCUGAGUUCGUGCAGUCGCUCUCGGAUCCAGGAAGCAGCUCUUGA